GGCGUGGGAAUUGUAGUUCUUUUGUUUUAGCAUCCCGGCUAAACUCCCAACUCUCCCUCUGGCCCGACUAUUGCCGUCCAAUCACCCCUGAAACGCGGCAUGCAGAGCGAGCCACUCGUCGAUGGAGGAGCGCCAUGACGGAGGAGUUUGACGAAGAUGUCGUGUUCGAGAACUCGCCGCUUUUCCGCUACCUGCACGAUUUAGGACACACAGACUUCGAGACAUGUCCUACGGCGGCGAGAGACCAAGACGGCGACCUGGCAUCUGGGGAUGUUCCCCGGAAAGCUCAGGAGGGAGUCAUGCAGACCUUGGCUGAACUUGUGUGGAAAUGGAACCCACUUCAGAAGGUGUCCUCCUCUCACACACUGGAGCAGCAGCUGGACAGCACGCUGGGCGAGUACUCUGUGCGCUGCAUCCUGGAUCAGGACGUGCUGCUGCAGGAGGACGUGGAGCUGAUUGAGCUGCUGGAGCCCGGCCUGCUGACGCUCCGCUCGUCGCCGGACCGUACCAGCGCCGCCGCACUGCCCCGACCCGCCGUCUUCGCCACACCCUCCGCGUGGGACUUGGCAGGUCUGAUGGGCCUGGCGGCAGUUCUGCUGGGUCUGUGCUCGGCGUCCGGGGGCGCGUGGUCGCUGGCGGCCGCCCCCUUGGUCCUGGCCACGCUGUGCUGGGCGGCGGCCCUGUGGAGGCGGGGCAGUGCCCAGCGGGCCGUGCACGCCCGGGUCUCGCAGCUUCGCGCGCUGAUCCACAACAGCAAGACGCUGACGGGGAUGUCCCGCAAGGCUCUGCGACUGGUGCAGGAGACGGAGGUCAUCUCGCGAGGAUUCACCCUUUUGCUCGACAGGGUGAGUGCGGCCGGCACCUUUAGCAGGGCGGGGCUGGGAGCGUUGGCACCCCGAGGCCAGCAGCUGAUCGGACUCCGCAAGGCCCUCUACCGGGCUCUCCGCUCGGGCUUCAGAGCCUCGCGACGGGCCACCUGUCACAUGCUCAAGGAAUUCCCGCUGAGCUCGGAGGUGGACAACGUGACAAACUAUGUGUCGGCGGUGCCUCUGAAGGAGCUGGGCCUGGGCCUGGGCCUUGAACACCUCGGCGAUGAGCAGGCCCAGGAGUUGACUGACGACUACAGCUUGCCUGCCCUCAAGAUGUUGUUCCAACUCUGGGUAGGGCAAAGCUCCGAGUGCUUCCGCCGAUUAGCCCUUCUAAUGUCACCUCGCCGACUGGAGGAGGAAGGGAAGGAAGGCCUCGUUCCUAAAGAAGGUUCCUCCACGCCGCCUCUUGCUGCACCGCUGCACCGCUCCAUCGGCGGCGUGACCGAGCCUCUCCAUCACGCGCUGGCCGCCUGCCUCGCGGAGGUGCGGCGGAGCUACGACUUCCACCGCCACUUCGAGACCCAGGCCAGGACGUCGGGUUCCGACCGCGGCGAUCGGGUGCAAGAGAAGUGCAGGGAGCUCAACACCCUCCACACGUCCAUCCGAAGUCUGCAGCUGCACCUCAAGGCCCUGCUGAGCGAGAUGAUUAUCAUGGAGGAUGACCUGGAGAAGUUGAUGGUGUCCAAGGAGCCCGGCGAGCUGACUCUGGAGGGCUACCGGGACCUGAGCGACAGGCUCAGUCAGCUGCGGCCGCACAUGCAGGCCAGCGCCGGGUGCUGGGACGACACCGUCGUGCAGGUGGAGCGCAUGCUGAGGCGGGCCAACGACUGUCCGGGUAACAUUGAAGGUCCGGACCAGUGUGGGACGCCCAUGUCCGAGAUGCCUGAUCCUCCUCCGUCCUAUCCUUUGAUCCUGGACAGAGAUCCUGUUCCAGAAGAGCUGGAAUUUGAGGCCUACGUGUCGGAGUCGGACUCUGAAGACAAAGGAAAGGACUCCUGGUGCGACAUGCUGACUCCGGAGGAGCGCGAACGUCAGCGCCGCGAGCGGGAAGAGUCCCGCCGCGUGCUGUCCGAGCUCAAGGCGGUGCUCGGCGUCCGCACGUCCGAGGGCGAGAGGAUGAAGAGGAAGCAGAUGCUGUUCAGCGACCGAGCUGCUUCCAUUUGCUGUUCCGAUGCCGCGACCGAUCCGUCAGCCGCACCCGCCGCCUCAGCGGAAAGAGGCCACAAACUAUCCGAGUUGGCGGCAGGAAACGAAGAGGGAGAGCGGGAAGGAAAAGAGCAGCGGCUGAGCCCUGACCCCUCCGAGUUCAGCUGCGGUUUGGAGGCAGAGGAGGAGGCGAGCGGAUCCUCGGCGUGUGGCCCGGGAGCCGGCGGCGGCGCGUCAGAGUUGCAUCAGUACGACGGCGAGGACAACCUGGACGGCUUGGACGGAUUCCUCAAUCCCGGAGUUCCCGCCGUCUCCAUCAUGGACAGACUGAAGGAGAUCCACAGCUCCGAGUCGCUCAGCUUCAGCUCGGCCGUGGCCGCGCAGGUGGCGGCGCGAUCGCACUCGCUGGUCAAGAUGGAGGAACAGACUUUUGGAGAUGAAGAGGACGAGGGCAGCGAAGAGGAGCACUGAUUUCUUGAGCUUGUGCAAGUUACCGUUCAUGAUUGCUCAGGUAGCAGAGCCAUUCGAAUCCGUGAAGACUUCCCUCGCGUCAACACAAAAUGAAUACUUGUGGUUCCGGUCUUGUUUGGAGACUCAAUUCUACAGCGGGAUCGGUUUAGAAUCACGUGGAACUCCUCCAAUAAAUCGCAUCGGGCAAAUCUUGGGCCAAAAACGUGCCGUAGUGUGUCUUGUUAACGUUUUGUUUCUUGAGUGAUCUGGUCGGGUUCUCCGAUUUCCAAAGCGUGACCUUGUUGCGCAGAGGAAGAGGAAGUGAGGAGGCUAUUUUAACCAUCAGCGCUUUAAUUUCAGGAGGGAAGUCUGCGCAUUCAUCGUGACAUCACCGAUGUGCAUGGACUAGUUCUCAAACUGCUUCCAUUGCUUGCUCGGAAUUGAACACACAUACAUAAAAGGAAUCAUUUCUCCAGAGUGAGGGACAGUCACCGAUGAGUCUUUCCUCACCUCACUCCGCUCUGUCCUUCCUUGCCUCGCGGGUGAGGUGUACACACCUUGUGCUUUUUCCAGCCUGAAAUAAAAUGCGGUUCCAAAAAAGCA